AUGAAACUCAGCCCAACAAGUGUUGGGCAUCGCGACGCAAGCGCCGCUAUUUGCGGCGUUCUCCGCCACGACGCAAAGUCACAGCCACCUGUUUUGAGAUCGCCCACACAAGUUUGUUGCUUCAAAAGCUGUUUUUGGUUGAUUUUCCGCGAUUUUUUUGUUGUCCUCGCGUCGUUCUCGAAUCUAAAGUUUUGUGAAACAAGUGGUUUCUUUUCAGGACUGUUAUUCGAGUCAUUUUGUGCAGAUUACUUCGGACGACAGAUUUUUUCAGGUGCUUUGGAUUUGCUCCGCCUCACGGUCGACAUUAAGACUUUGCUCUACGGGUAUCCGUUUUGUGGUCCGCGCAGCUUGAGCAGACUGGCUAGCGGUUUCUCGCAGGACACAGGGUCCGGAAGUGGGUUUUCUGCUUGCUCGAUGCGGUCUGGAUGGUGACCAGGUGAAAUUAUUUCUGACGGGU